AUGGAAUGCAAGAGGAACAUAUCAGAAUUUCUUCUCAUUGGACUGUCUUCUAAGCAGAACAUUGAAGUGUUUUGCUUCCUGUUCUUCUCCUUCUGUUACCUUGCCAUUUUGUCUGGGAAUCUGAUGAUCCUUAUCUCUGUCAGAUGCAGUUCUCUUUUUAACCAACCCAUGUACUAUUUUCUCAGUCAUUUAUCUUCUAUGGACAUUUGCUAUACCUCCUGUGUGACACCCAAACUGAUUGGAGAUCUGCUUGUGAGAAGAAAAUAUAUCUCUUUUACAAACUGUAUGCUGCAGGUCAUUGCCAUGCACUUUUUUGGCCUUAUUGAAGUCCUGAUUCUAGCAGCCAUGGCCUUUGACCGUUGUGUGGCCAUCUGCAAGCCUCUCCACUACAUGCUCAUCAUGAGCAGAAGCAAGUGCCAUGUCUUGAUAUUGGUCUCUUGGGUUGGUGGAGCUGCGCACUCCUUUUCUCAGUUUUGUUUGCUAAUCUGCUUGCCCUUCUGUGGCACCAAUGAAAUAGACCACUACUACUGUGACAUUUUCCCUUUGCUGAAAGUUGCCUGUACUGACACCACCAUUGCUGGUAUCCUCGUUGUUGCCAAUUCAGGACUGAUAGCUUUGGUAACCUUUGUUCUCUUAUUUGGUUCAUAUGUGGUUAUACUGUUCACAUUAAGGAAUUACUCUGCAGAAGGAAGACACAAAGCUCUUUCUACAUGUGGAUCCCAUAUCACUGUGGUCAUUUUAUUCUUUGGACCUUGCAUCUUUGCUUACCUUAGACCUCCUACUACUUUCCCUGAGGACAAAAUCUUCGCUCUAUUUUAUACAAUCAUUGCUCCUAUGUUCAAUCCCCUUAUAUAUACUUUAAGAAAUACAGAGAUGAAAAAGGCUAUAAAAAAGGUUUGGAUUCAAAAGAGAUUUUUCAGAAGAGAAACAGUUAAUCUUUAG